AAAGAAUGCUAGAUUCUAUAAAAAUCAACAAUUAUUAUACAAGAAUACGCUUAAUUUUCAGUUAGACAAUCAGAAAUAUUGGUCUUUUUUAGGAAAUGAUACUAAAACGCUUGUCAAUGGUCUAUUUAAUCAACAAAUCAUUAAUAAACCUGCUAAUUCGAUAGAAUAUCCGCUAAUAGACAAUAACAAUAUUAAAUACCCUCAUCAACUGUACAAUUUUGUUAAUUUCUCCACUAGAUUAUCAAAUUCUUCGGACUUCAUUGACUAUACUGCCCGAUAUGGGAGAUACCGAGAGAGCUUCAGAGAUUGUUCAAAAAGUCACAUUUGAUUUGGAUUUGUUUAAUCUCUUGGACAAACCUCUGAUUGCAUUGAGUAACGGCCAGUCACGCAGAUUAAAGGUCGCUGAAGCUUUGAUUAAUCAAAAGCAUUUGUUGAUUCUAGAAGAGCCUUUUACUGGUUUAGACCCUCCAUCUAGACUUAAAUUAUCGGAAGUUUUGAAAAGGUUACAUUCACAUUCCAAUCCAGUCGUACUUUUACUAUUAAAAAACUCCGAUGAAAUACCUGAGUCAACUACUAACAUUCUCCAAAUAACUGACGAUAAUUAUAUUGAGUUGGGUAGAAAAGAUAAAGUUCUAUCUACAAUUACAUCAAACAAUAAGUUUUCAACCCCUUCAGACGUCGGUUUAGGUAAAGUCAAUCAGGAUAAAAUUUUGAUUGAUCUCAAAGAUAUAAAUAUUUCUUACAGAUCAACACCGAUUUUACGAAACAUAAAUUGGACUAUAAAACCAGGUGAAAGAUGGCAUUUACAAGGUUAUAACGGUUCAGGUAAGACAACAUUGUUAUCAUUAAUUACAGGUGAUCAUCCUCAUUCUUUUACUCAAAAUAUCACGUUAUUCAAUUCACCACGUGUUAAAAUUCCUACAGUUCAUUUAUCAACUUUAAUUGGAUCAAUCUCACCUGAGAUUACUUCAGCUUUCCCAAAACAUACCACUUUGACAGCAUUUGAUGUGGUCGCUUCAGGCUUCUCUGGUAUUUUCUGCUACAGACCAACUAAAUUACAACAUGAGAAGGAUCGUGUUCAUCAUUUAUUGAAGCACCUUACACCAGGACUUGACUCUAACACACCAUUCAUUUCCUUAACAACAAGUCAAAAAAGUUGUAUUUUAUUAGCUCGGGCAUUAGUCAAUAAACCGCCUUUGCUUUUAUUGGAUGAGCCGUUUCAAGGAAUGUCUACGGAGGACCUUCAUAGAUCGCGACACUAUUUACAAUUUAAUCUUGAUGAUGAACAAUCUGUAGUCUUCAUAACUCAUUAUGAUAAUGAAGUUCCAUGGAGAAUAGACCAGAGUCGUUAUCUCAGAUUAAAAGAUGGUAAAAUUGAUUCAAUACAUUAAAUUUUGUACAAUACACAUUUCACCAUCAAUUUU